AGACUCGGUUGAUAGCCAUAUGGUUGAUUAUAUACACAUUUAGUUAACUGUUCUGCUUCCCGCGAGCAAGGCACACAUUGUGGUUGUCCGUCCGAUUGAAAAACUGUCAACAUUGAAUUUUAACUCAGGACUUUUUUUACUUUUAUUGCAAUCAUGUUACCAAUCAUAUCUCAAUUGAAUUCCAAGCGUAUUGUGCUUGCAAGCAGUUCACCGCGUCGCAAGGAGCUCUUGAAAAUCAUUGGCUUAAAUGUUGAAUCAUGUGCAUCGACAUUCGAGGAAAAUCUUGAUCCGAAAGAUUUCAACAGUUUUUCCGAAUUUGUUGAAGAGACCGCACUGCAAAAGGUUCUGGAAGUGACAAAUCGAUUAGAUGCCGAAGCAGAAAUCGAUGGAAAAUCGAAAGCAGACAUUGUCAUUGGAGCCGACACAAUGGUUGCAUUAAAUGGUGAAAUGUAUGGAAAACCGAAGAACAAAGAAGAUGCCAUUGAAACAUUGAACAAGCUCAACGGAAAAACGAACGUUGUUUUCACUGGUGUCGCUAUCAAAUAUGGGGAUCAUAUUGAAAAAUUCACCGAAAGCACAGAAGUUCAAUUUGGAAAAUUAACGACAGAACAAAUCCAAGCUUAUGUCGAUACAGGCGAACCACUUGACAAAGCGGGUUCUUACGGAAUACAACACAUUGGAUCAACGCUUGUCGAACGCAUAAACGGCGAUUUCUUUACCGUUAUCGGGCUGCCCGUCUAUCGUCUAUCUUUUACAUUGCAUAAACUCUACAAAGAAUUGAAAUAAUACUCGUACCAAAUAAACGGCAUGCCGUUAUACGUAUUCAUGAAAAAAAAAUCAACGUUCGAUAAACGUUAUGCUGAAAUUUAUUUCGUUUUUAAACAAUUCAUAUUUAUUUUCAAUCAUUUGAUGACUUACACUUGAAAUAGAAAACAUUUUAUGUAAAUAGGUAUUUUCGAUGAUUAUGUAAACAAAUCCAUUGUUUAUGACCGAUACAAUAGUUCAAUAAAUAUAUUGUGAAAUUAUUAUA